UAGGGCAGAGGCGGGGACAUCAGGGGGCUGGGGGAGACUGACAGAAACGGGCAGCAAUACAGGACCUGGGGAGCGCGCCAGGCUGCAGACUGGGGGGACGUGUGUCGCCAUCGCAGGUGAGCGGAGCAACCCCGUUGGGGGUGGGGGGAGCCAGAAAACAGACCCUGAUUUUGAUCCCCCCUUCCCUAAAUUGAGACAACAGGGGAGGCCGUGGAACUGACAGGAGGUUCGGAUCAGGACUGGGCUCCAGUGCCAGCUCUCAGGACUGGAGGGAAUGAGUUUCACAGGCGCCUGGAGGACUCAGAUGGCUCUUGCCGGUAUCGGCCCAGCUCUGGGACAGCCUGUUCCCAGGGCAGGAGCAAGAAGUGGGUGCAGGGAUCAAACCCCAACUGUGUGUGUGUGUGAGACCCUGAUCCUGAGCUUGGAAUAGGACCCAGGAGUCUUGGUCCGGAGGGGGACAGAACUCCUGGCUUGUAGCCCCGCUUCUGGAAGGGGAAACUGGCCAGAGGAAGGCUUGGGUGUCCGCAUUCCUUGGUUCUAUCCUGUUCUCAGCAUGAGGUCGAGUGCUUGGAGCAGGGCGGGGUGGGAGCCAGGAGUCCUGGCUUCUAACAGCUCUACCACUUGGUUGGUGACCCCAAGCCAAGUCACGGCAGCUGGAGGGAGGGGAAAGGAUGAUUAACGUGACUAUAAAUGACAUGCAGCACGUUUGUAAUAAUGGAAGGAUAAAGGGGAUGGGUGCCCAGGCUUCCUGGCCCAAGAGUUGUGCCUACCCCAAUCCGCUGUCGUGCGCUGUUAGAUACCUGCCACGCCCCACCCCAGAGGUGGCUGCAUUUCAGCGGCAGGUCACAGGUAUUUGGGAGUCUUCAGAUCGGCUGCUAUUUAAAUGUCACGGACUUUUGCCUGCUGCUUCGGUUCUCGUGGAGCAGCCUGCAAGCUGGUGGAGUUCAGCAUGUUCACCCCCUCAUUGGUCUAACCUGGCCCCCCUGUGCCCUGCAGAUGUUGGGGAAGGCAGCCAGCUGCAAUCACACAAGCCAGGGCCGGAGGGCAGUGGAGCAGCUGCGGACAGAAGCCAGGCUGGAGAGAAUGAAGGUCUCCAAGGCAGCCUGCGAGCUGCUGCAGUACUGCCGGGUACACGCGCAGAGCGACCCGCUGCUGACCGGGGUCCCUGCCUCUGCCAACCCCUUCAAAGACAAGAAAACCUGCAGCAUCCUGUGAGGACACUGGACCCACAGCCCCAUCCGGACAACAGCGAGCAGCCUCUGAAGAGAGGGGCAGCUGGGUUCCUAUCACUGU